GCUAUAUUUGCGUGUGUGUAUAUAUAAAUACAUGCAUACAUGUAUCACUUGUCUCUCCCCCAUUGGUUAAGAAACAGAGAGAAACGGUAAUUUAAAGAUUUUGCUAAGAUAUUUUAGAUCAAGAAUCCGACUUUUGAGCGGGUCUUAUCUUUAUUCUCCACCUCAAAGAACCACUUUCGUCAUGGCCUCUGUUGCCGUGAAGCCACUACCUCUUCUUGGCCGGACCCUCACUUCCACGGCGGCUUCAAAAUCUCCGCCAAUGCUGGCCAACGUUUCAAGCAGGCAUUUUCUCGAGAUCUCUUCGUAUAACGGAUUCUUGAGGCAAAUAAAAACUCCGGCAACUUUGAGCCACCGCCGGAAAGUAAGCACGGUGGUGGCUUCGGCGGGAAACUUGACGGCAUCGUCGUGGGACUCUUGGAAGCCAGAUAAGACGGCGGCGGCUACGGCUUUGUUGCUGAGUGAUGUCAUUUGGCCUGCAGCUGGAGCGUUUGCGGCAAUGGCAAUAUUGGGAAGAAUGGAUCAAAUGCUAUCUCCAAAAGGGAUAUCAAUGUCAGUUGCACCACUUGGUGCCGUCUCCGCCAUUCUUUUCACCACUCCUUCUGCUCCUGCUGCUCGUAAAUACAAUAUGUUUUUGGCUCAAAUAGGUUGUGCUGCGAUUGGUGUGGUAGCCUUCUCCGUCUUCGGGCCAGGCUGGCUCGCCCGGAGCGUUGCCCUCGCUGCUUCCAUCGCAUUCAUGGUCAUUGCUCGUGCCAAUCACCCUCCUGCGGCGAGCUUACCAUUAAUGUUCAUAGAUGGAGCAAAGUUCCAUCACUUGAAUUUCUGGUACGCAUUGUUCCCAGGUGCAGCUGCUUGUGUCAUCCUCUGCCUUCUCCAAUCCAUCGUAUGUUACUUGAAAGAAAACAUAAAAUUUUGAUGAAUCAUCAAACGACGCGUUGACGUACGAUGAAAUGAUAUACAUAUAAUACAGACAUAUUGGUGGAAAUCUCUUGUGAAAAUAUCUGAUUCAUGUAUACACUUGAACGUAUGUAAAUGACUAUAUAUAUAAAAUACGUUCAUUCAAAAUAUGUAGUUCUCUCCUUUUCUU